AUGGCUGAAGGUGGUGAAGACUGCCGGCUUGUUCAGGCACUGUCCAGGCUCGCUACAGGCCCCUCAAUGGCAAGGUCUAUAUAUACUAAACUUUGUCACUGUUCUUUACCUUCUACUCUUGAGUCCAAACAGGUUCAAGCUGAAAGAAUGCAGGCUCUUCAGGUUCUGUCUCUGACUUUUCUGUCCGUGCUAGCGGUCAGUGCUCAGUCCAUCAGCUCUGGAAAAUGUCCAGAACCUCCUGUCCAACAAAACUUUGAUCCUGCUAGGUACAUGGGCAGAUGGUAUGAGAUCAUGAAGAUUCCAGCCCGGUUCCAGUUGGGCGAGUGCUGCCAGGCCGCUUACACUCUGAGUGACGGCAUUGUCCUUGUUCGAAAUGAACAGUUACUUGCUAAUGACACUUAUAGCUUCAUUGAGGGAACUGCCAAGAUUGUAGAUGCAUCAGAGCCUGCCAAACUUGAAGUCAGCUUCUUUGAAGAUGCUCCUCCUGGCCCUUACUGGGUGCUGGCUACUGAUUAUGAUGAGUACGCACUGGUUUACUCGUGCUCUGAUUUCGCCGGUCUCUUUCACUCCGAGUUUUCCUGGAUCUUGAGCAGAAAACGCACACUUCCCAAGGAGACCGUCUCUGAGCUGUUAGACAUCCUCAAUUCCCAAGGCAUCAAUACUGAUGUUUUUACUGAGACCGACCAGACACCGGAACUGUGCAGUGUGAUGCCUUAAUACAGACUUGAAUAAUGAGCUACUGUGAGAUGUGUUGUGGUCUAAUUACUUUUCAUUGACAUUUAAGUUAACCUAUAUUCAACUAGCUAUUGAAUCAUUUUUUAGGCUAUACUCUUGCAAGAAAUGCAUCCUUUGCCAAAAGUUAAA